UUUUUUUUUUUCGGGCGGCCCCGGCGGCUGCGUACUGGCUGUGGGAUGGGAAGUGAAGCCCCAGCGAGCGGUAGCGGCGGGGCUGUGAGGAGCAGCCAGGGGGAGGCGGCGGCGGCGGCGGCGGCGGCGAGUCGGUGAGCAGCUGGGAAGAGCGGAGCCGGGGCGGAGCACCUGCAGGCACGGGAGGCGGCUUCACCAUGGCGAUUCGCAAGAAGAGCACCAAGAGCCCCCCGGUCCUGAGCCACGAAUUCGUCCUGCAGAAUCACGCGGACAUCGUCUCCUGUGUGGCGAUGGUCUUCUUGCUGGGGCUCAUGUUCGAGAUAACAGCAAAAGCUUCUAUAAUUUUUGUUACUCUUCAGUACAAUGUUACCCUCCCUGCAACAGAAGAACAAGCUACUGAAUCAGCAUUCCUUUAUUACUAUGGUAUCAAAGAUUUGGCUACAGUUUUCUUCUACAUGCUAGUGGCGAUAAUUAUUCAUGCCAUAAUUCAAGAAUAUGUGUUGGAUAAAAUUAACAGGCGAAUGCACUUUUCCAAAACGAAACACAGCAAGUUUAAUGAAUCUGGUCAGCUGAGUGCAUUCUACCUCUUUUCUUGUGUUUGGGGCACAUUCAUUCUCAUAUCUGAAAACUAUAUCUCAGACCCAACUAUCUUGUGGAGAGCUUAUCCCCAUAACCUGAUGACGUUUCAAAUGAAGUUUUUCUACAUAUCACAGUUGGCAUACUGGUUUCAUGCUUUUCCUGAACUCUACUUCCAGAAAACCAAAAAAGAAGAUAUUCCUCGUCAGCUCGUCUACAUUGGUCUUUACCUCUUUCACAUUGCUGGAGCUUAUCUUUUGAACUUGAAUCAUCUAGGACUUGUUCUUUUGGUGCUGCACUAUUUUGUCGAGUUUCUUUUCCACAUUUCCCGCCUGUUUUAUUUCAGUGAUGAAAAGUAUCAGAAAGGAUUUUCUCUGUGGGCCGUUCUGUUUGUGUUGGGAAGACUUCUGACUUUAAUUCUUUCGGUACUCACUGUUGGCUUUGGCCUUGCAAGAGCAGAGAAUCAGAAGCUGGAUUUCAGUACUGGAAACUUCAAUGUACUGGCUGUUAGAAUUGCUGUUCUGGCAUCCAUUUGCAUUACCCAAGCAUUCAUGAUGUGGAAGUUCAUUAAUUUUCAGCUUCGGAGGUGGAGAGAACAUUCUACUUUUCAGGCACCAACUGUGAAGAAGAAACCAACAGUGACUAAAGGCAGGUCUUCUAGAAAAGGAACAGAAAAUGGUGUAAAUGGAACAGUAACUUCAAAUGGAGCAGACUCUCCCCGUAAUAGAAAAGAGAAAUCUUCAUAAUGAAUUAUAAUCUAAUUGAUUAAUGUCCCCAAAGAAAUCUGCUUUUUACUAUAUCUUUCAGCACUAGAGAUUUUUUUCUGUUCUUGAAAAUACAGUUUGUGCUCUUUGAUUCUUGCUACUAUUGUUUCAUGCAUUUUUUAAAGGGCAUUUGAGGGGAGGAUGAUUACUAGGAGUGAAAAAAAUACUUCAGCUUAGACUAAGCUACCUGCCUUCAAAAUAGUUUAGGGACCA